CCAAAGUAGUGAUAGGUGGUGCACACGUUUUUGGUGUUGACCUACGACAACGACAACGACAGACAAAAAUUUAUCAUCAUACAAAACCUUUCUUUGUCUUUAUCUCAUUUUGUUUUCUUAAUAUCCUCUGUUUCUUCUUCUAAUUUUCUCUGUUUUUAUUCCUUCUACUUCUGAGAUCCAUAAAGAUUCAUCUCUUAUUACUUCAUCGGAAAAGAAACCUCGAUUUCAGUUUUCUUGAUCUCUCUAAUGGGGAAUUGCUUGGACUCUUCUGCAAGAGUAGGUAAUAGAGAAAGCACUUUUGGAGGGUCAUCAAGAAUUUCCCGCAAACCGAAUCAGUCAUCUCGACUCUCAAGUCUCACCAUACCUUCUUAUAGCAACAAUAGCUUCACUACUUCAUCAUGGUCAAAUUUGACACCUAGAAGUGAAGGAGAGCUCUUACCAUCUCCAACACUAAAGGCCUUUACAUUCAACGAGCUAAAAACCGCUACUAGAAACUUCAAGCCGAAUAGUAUGAUUGGUGAAGGCGGUUUUGGUUGUGUCUAUAAGGGUUGGAUCGGUGAACGCUCGUUGUCACCUUCGAAACCAGGGUCCGGUAUGGUUGUUGCAGUCAAGAAACUUAAAUCAGAAGGGUUUCAAGGACACAAAGAGUGGUUGACUGAGGUUCAUUAUCUUGGGAGACUUCAUCAUAUGAAUCUUGUGAAGCUAAUUGGAUAUUGCUUAGAGGGAGAGAAAAGACUUUUGGUUUACGAGUACAUGCCUAAAGGAAGCCUGGAGAACCAUCUAUUUCGAAGAGGCGCAGAGCCAAUUCCGUGGAAGACUAGGAUGAAAGUAGCUUUUAGCGCAGCGAGAGGACUAUCUUUCCUCCACGAAGCUAAAGUCAUAUACCGAGACUUCAAGGCCUCUAAUAUUCUACUUGAUGUGGAUUUCAAUGCAAAGCUAUCUGAUUUUGGGUUGGCAAAAGCUGGACCAACAGGAGAUAGAACGCAUGUGACAACUCAAGUGAUAGGCACACAAGGGUACGCAGCUCCGGAAUACAUAGCAACCGGCCGGUUAACCUCCAAGAGUGAUGUCUAUAGCUUUGGAGUGGUGUUGCUCGAACUACUCUCGGGUCGUCCCACCCUAGACAAAUCGAAAGUAGGAGUGGAACGUAACCUGGUGGAUUGGGCAAUACCUUAUUUGGUGGACAGAAGAAAAGUGUUUAGAAUAAUGGACACAAAGCUUGGAGGACAGUACCCUCACAAAGGGGCUUGUGCAGCUGCCAACAUCGCAUUGCGGUGUCUCAAUACCGAACCUAAGCUCAGACCGGAUAUGGCUGAUGUCUUAUCCACUUUACAACAGCUUGAGACUUCUUCAAAAAAGAUGGGUUCUACUCAAAAUAUAGUCAUGUCUCCUUCAUCUCAUAUGUCGUAGUAUAACAAGGUUCGAGAUAUUUCUGCGUUUAAGGUGGGAAGUAGGAGAUCUAAGGACCCUUUUGAGUCUGAUUAUAUACUUUUGCAUAGUGUGUUAAUAGUUUGGUACUUUCUCUUAAGAUUAUAGAAUGUCUGGUUGAAAUGUAGAUGUAUAUAUUAUGGAAAAGCCAAUGUCAUUUAAUAUCUUGAAUUCCUA